GUACUCGUUCCAGGACGAGGAGGACAUGUUCAUGGUGGUGGAUCUGCUGUUAGGAGGAGAUCUGCGCUAUCAUCUGCAGCAGAACGUGCAGUUCACCGAGGAUGCUGUAAAACUCUACCUGUGCGAGAUGACGCUGGCGCUCGACUACCUGCAGAGCCAGCACAUCAUACACAGUCAGCAUUUAACAGACUUUAACAUCGCUACCAUAAUCAAGGACGGCGAACGAGCCACGGCGUUAGCGGGUACAAAGCCUUACAUGGCUCCAGAGAUCUUCCAGUCGUUCAUGAGCGGGGGAUCCGGUUAUGCGUUUGAAGUGGACUGGUGGUCGCUGGGUGUGACGGUCUUUGAGGUUCUGCGAAGUUGGAGGCCGUACGACAUCCACGCCAGUAACUCGGUGGAGUCUCUGCUGCAGCUGUUCAGUACGGUCAGUGUGCAGUACAGCUCGUCCUGGCACAAAGACCUCGUCUCGCUGCUGAGGAAGUUAUUGACUGUAAACCCAGAGCAUCGCUUCUGUAGUCUGGCUCAAAUGCAGACGGCGCCCUACCUCUCCGAUGUCAACUGGGACGACGUUCGAUUAUUGUUGAAGCGUCGGCAGGAGGAGGGCUGUAUGGCAGCAGACGGAGACGCCGAUCCAGACGGAGACGAGGCCGAGGGAGGAACAGAGGACGAGGAGACCGAGGCCGAACCCGAGGCCUCCAAACUGAGCAUGUGUGGCUCGGUCUGCUCGUCUCCGGGAAGCUGCUAG